AUGAAGUUACUUUUCAGAAUUUUUCUAGUAGCCAUUUGUCUCCUCCACUCUAUCACUUGUGACGAGAAGAGUGAGAAGAAAGAGGAGACAGGAACUGUAAUUGGAAUAGAUUUAGGGACGACUUACUCAUGUGUUGGUGUAUACAAGAAUGGUCGCGUUGAGAUCAUCGCCAAUGACCAGGGUAACCGUAUCACCCCAUCCUACGUAGCCUUUACUGGCGAGGGAGAGAGACUCAUCGGAGACGCAGCAAAGAACCAACUGACAACAAACCCAGAGAACACUGUGUUUGACGCCAAGAGGUUGAUCGGGCGUUCGUGGAAGGACCCAACUGUCCAGAAGGACAUCAAGUACUGGCCUUUCACGACUAAGAACAGGAAUGAGAAACCUCACGUUGAGAUUGAUGUUAAAGGAGAGAAGAAACUUUUCGCAGCUGAGGAGAUCUCGGCCAUGGUCUUGGUUAAGAUGAAGGAGACAGCUGAAGCUUAUCUUGGUACUCCUGUCACCCAUGCUGUGGUUACUGUCCCUGCUUAUUUCAAUGAUGCUCAGAGACAAGCGACCAAAGACGCCGGAGCCAUUGCUGGACUCAAUGUUAUGAGAAUCAUCAAUGAACCGACAGCGGCUGCAAUUGCUUACGGGCUGGACAAGAAAGAGGGAGAGAAGAACAUUCUUGUGUUUGAUUUGGGAGGAGGAACUUUUGACGUCUCACUCCUCACAAUUGAUAACGGAGUCUUUGAAGUUGUAGCAACCAACGGUGACACUCAUCUUGGUGGUGAGGAUUUCGAUCAGAGAGUGAUGGAGCAUUUCAUAAAGCUAUUCAAAAAGAAACACGGAAAGGAUAUUCGUGGCGACAACAGAGCCGUCCAGAAGCUAAGACGAGAGGUAGAGAAGGCUAAGAGAACCCUCAGCUCACAGCAUCAGACAAGAAUCGAGAUUGAAUCACUUUAUGGAGGAGAGGACUUCUCUGAGACACUCACCAGAGCAAGAUUCGAGGAAUUGAAUAUGGAUUUAUUCAGAUCCACUCUCAAACCAGUACAACAAGUUAUCGAGGACUCUGAAAUCGAAAAAAAUAAAAUCGACGAGAUCGUUCUGGUCGGGGGAUCCACCCGUAUCCCCAAGGUCCAGCAACUCGUCAAGGACUUCUUCAACGGCAAAGAACCAAACCGCGGUAUCAACCCUGACGAGGCCGUGGCUUAUGGAGCUGCCGUUCAAGCCGGUAUCCUAAGCGGAGAAUCUAAUACAGACGGUCUCCUCCUCCUCGACGUUAACCCUCUUACCCUUGGGAUUGAGACAGUGGGCGGAGUCAUGACAAAACUGAUCCCCCGUAACACAGUGAUCCCGACUAAGAAGUCACAGAUAUUCUCAACUGCUUCUGAUAACCAGCCAACCGUAACGAUACAGGUAUUCGAGGGUGAAAGGCCCAUGACGAAAGACAAUCAUCUUCUCGGAAAGUUUGAUCUCAACGGAAUCCCACCUGCUCCAAGGGGGGUACCCCAAAUCGAAGUCACUUUUCAAAUUGAUGAAAACGGUAUCCUAAUCGUGACCGCCGAAGACAAGGGAAGCGGUAAUUCCGAAGCUAUCACCAUCACCAACGACCAGAACAGGCUCACACCCGAAGACAUUGAACGCAUGAUCAACGACGCUGAGAAAUUCGCCGACGAAGACAAGAAAGUGAAAGAUCGGGUCGAGAGCAAGAACGAGCUUGAGAGCUACGCCUACUCGUUAAAGAACCAGCUCAAAGACGAAGAGAAACUCGGAGGAAAGCUAUCGGAAGAAGACAAGACGACAAUCACUGAGGCAGUAGACGCCGCCAUUGAAUGGCUGGACAGUAAUUCGGAGGCCGAGACGGAAGAGUUUAAAUCAAAGAAGGAGGAGCUAGAGGGUGUGGUCAAUCCUAUUAUCACGAAGCUCUAUGGCAACCAGCCCCCGCCCAGCGGAGAGGGAGCAGAUGGAGGUGAUGGAGGAGCAGACGAAAAAGACGAAUUAUAAACUUAGAACAAUUAUUAUUAGUAGUCAAUUAUUGUUUAAUACAUUAUUAUUAUACAUGCAGCCUUUUUAAUUAUUAACUUGGUUGUAAUCUUUAUCAUUCAUUGAUUUAAAAAAAAAAGAAUAACAUUAUCAUGUAUUAGAAAAAA